CGGUAAAUACCAGGCAGAAGCACCAAAUCUUAACAACAACUGAAAAUUAAAGGACAAUCACUAAUAUGUUCGAUUGUAAACAAGAAUCUUGUUUCCCCAAACCUAGAGAAUAUCCAGCACACGGAGACAGGAACUAACAUUGCACAAGGGAUCCUUGGGGAUCACGAAAAUCUCUCUAUAAAACGAACAUAAGCUAAAUUCUGUAAAAUAGAUAGAGAGAAUUAUAGAGUGUAAAUGGGAAAUCCACAUAUUCUGGCAAUACCUUAUCCAGCACAAGGCCAUGUCAUUCCUCUUAUGGAGCUGUCUCACAGCUUGGCCAAACAUGGCUUCAAAAUCACAUUUGUCAACUCAGAUUUUAAUCACCAGAGAGUCAUGGAUGCGUUUGCCAACAAGGUUGAUCCAGAAGGGCCAAUUCAUCUAGUUUCAAUCCCGGACGGGAUGGAAGUUGGCGAGAACAGGAGUCUUUUAGGGAAGUUAACUGAUGGACUUAGCCAAGUCAUGCCCGGGGAGCUGAAGGAGCUCAUACUGAAGAUUGAUAGAUUAGAAGAGAAUAAGAUCACUCAUGUUAUAGCUGAUGUCAACAUGGGAUGGGCACUUGAAGUUGCAGCAGAGAUGGGAAUCCCCGGAGCUGCUUUCUGCCCUGCAUCUGCCCUUGUAUUGAACUUGCUUUUUAGCACCAAGAAGUUGAUUGAUGAUGAAGUUAUUGAUGAACAUGGUACUCCAAUCAAUAAAGAAAAGAUGAUUCAGUUGUCCCCAAACACACCUGCCAUGCACCCAAAGAAUUUUCUGUGGGUCUGUCUCGGUGACUUCAACACACAAAAAAUUAUUUUUAAAUAUGCUGAGAGAAACAUUAAUGCCAUUGCAAAAGCAGAGUGGCUAAUUUGCAACACAACUUAUGACCUGGAGCCUGAAGCACUUAUCUUAGUUCCAGAGAUCCUGCCCAUAGGACCAGUUUCAUCAACCAACCAGCUUGGAGCCUUGGGAGGAAGUUUCUGGCCAGAGGAUGCAACUUGCUUGAAAUGGCUUGAUCAACUGCCACCAGGUUCAGUUAUUUAUGUGGCAUUUGGCAGCUUCACGGUUUUUGAUCCAAUCCAAUUCCAAGAAUUGGCUCUGGGCCUGGAACUCUCAAACAGGCCAUUUCUCUGGGUUGUCAGACCAGAUGUUGCCGAGGGGACUGAAUCUGAUGAUCUUUACCCCAAAGGAUUUAAGGAAAGAGUAGCCAACCGAGGAAGGAUAGUGGGCUGGGCACCCCAACGUGCGGUUCUGGCUCAUCCUUCCGUUGCUUGCUUCUUAAGCCAUUGCGGUUGGAACUCCACCGUUGAAGGCGUGAGCAAUGGGGUCCCUUUUCUGUGUUGGCCAUACUUUGCUGACCAGUUUGUUAAUGAGAGCUACAUUUGUGACAUUUGGAAGAUUGGCGUAAAUUUUACAAGAGAUGAAAGAGAGAUCAUUACAAGAGAAGAAAUUAGGAGCAAGGUGGAGCUGUUGCUAGGUGAUGAAAGCUUCAGAGCAAGAACUCUUAAACUAAAGGAAUUGGUUACACGUAGUGCCAAUGAAGGUGGUAGCUCGAACAGGAUUUUCAAGAACUUCAUUGAAUGGAUGAAAUCAUAGACAAGCUUUUCACAUUUAGCUUCUGCAUUGGUUUUGUUGAUCCUUUAUAUUUCCUUUUCUGUUAUAAGAAAUAUAUAAGAGAAGCAAUUUAUGUCCAUAGACUACGAUACGAACAGAUCCUUCUCCAUCUCAAUUUCUAAAGAAAUAUAUUUCCUUUUCAGUAAUGAAAAUUCAGCUCAGGUCACAUAGUACAAAAAGUACUACGUAAG